UUUUUAAUUUUUUUAUGAGAAAAAAACUCAAGGGAUUUUUCAAAAACUUGACCGUAGAAAUUCCAGAAGAUCCCCAAACCGUACUAUUCACUUGCGUAGAGAGAGAGAGAGAACAAGAAAUCGAAGAAAACAGCAAAAAUCUAUCUUUUAACACUAUUUCUUUCACAACACUUUCCUUCUCUUCUCUUCCUUCCUUCAAACUAUUCCACCCAAAGCAAACUCCAAAACCCAUAUACACAUAUCUCUUCUUCCUAUCUACACCCUUUUCCCUUUCCCCGAAAUUCCCAAAUUUACAAUCUUUUCAAUCUCUCAAAAACCCAAAUGGGAAUUUCAUUUAGCAACAAUAGAAGAAGAAACAACCCAUAUUUUCAACACCCACAUCAUCCUCCUCCUCCCCCAUACUAUUACUCAGACCAACAACCACCACCACCGCCGCAGCCGCCGCCGCCACCACAUAACUAUGGUCCUUAUCCUCCACCCCACCACCCUUAUCCUGUGCACCCUUCUCCUCCUCCGCCACCACCACCACCCCAGAACUACUACUACUGUGGCUCUACUUAUGCCAAUCCCAUGACUGCUCGCUUCAACUAUAACCAACAUCCCCACCCUUAUGUUAACCACACUAAUGGGUGGCUUGCACCUAGCCCUAGGCCACAAGCUGUGGACCCACCUCGUUAUGUGGACCACCAAAACGCCAAGAAGGUGAGGAACGAUGUGAAUAUUAAUAAGGAUACGCUAAAGCUUGUUGUUGAUGAGCAGAACCCGGAUCAUGUCUUGGUCUCUUUUGUUUUCGAUGCUUUGCACGAUGGGAGCAUCACAAUUUUCUACUUUGCCAAGGAAGAGUCAAACUGUAGGUUUGUUCCAUUUUUUCCUGCAAACUUUACACCUGUGAAAAUCCCCUUUCAGAAAGGAUUUGGCCAGAGAUUUUGUCAGCCUUCAGGAACAGGCAUUGACUUAGGCUUUUUUGAGCUGGAUGAUCUCUCAAAACCAUCACCUGGAGAAGAUGUAUUUCCUCUUGUAGUAUCUGCUGAAACACUGCCCCCUCACUCAACAGACAAGACUCUUGGUGAGUGUGUACCCAACACAAACCCUCGUAUGCAGAUUACUCAAGCUGUUCUAGAGAAGAACAAUGAUGAACAUUUCCAAGUGAGAGUUGUUAAGCAAAUAUUAUGGAUUGAUGGAUUUCGCUAUGAGCUCCGUGAGAUAUAUGGAAUAGGAAGCUCGGAAGCAGAAGGCUUUGACGACAGUGACCCAGGGAAGGAGUGUGUGAUAUGCAUGACUGAACCUAAGGAUACAGCUGUAUUACCCUGCCGACAUAUGUGUAUGUGCAGUGAUUGUGCAAAAGCGUUGAGGCUUCAAUCAAAUAAGUGUCCCAUAUGCCGUCAACCUAUUGAGGAACUUUUAGAGAUCAAGAUACAUAAUGGUGAUCAAUGAAAGAUUCUUUUCUUCUUGCCAACUUUGGAUUGUAUGGUAUGGCUGUCUACUUUUUGUUUGUAUGUGUCGUCAUCUGUUUCAUACCUCUCUAUAUAUUCUUCUUCUUUGUAUAUUAUGAAAAUAGUAUCAGAAUUAAAUUUUUGUCUGAUCUUUUAUUAACGUGCAGUGCAUUUAUUUGUGGAUCUGUAAGUGUUUAACAGUCUUAGCAAAAAACAUUUGUCUAGUUCUUGAAAGAUUUUAUUUAUUUAUUGAAAAAAGGGAUAAUAAAGGCUGUGGUUAUGAAC